UCAAGAGCGCCGCGAGAGUGUGCGGCCGCUGCGGCUUGUCGAUUCGAACAUUCGCGAUUCGUGCGCCUCCACACCCGAUCGUUUUCGUUUUGAUAACAUCGGCAGAGCUUGUGUAUAUUUUUGUGCGAUCGCGUUCGAAAUAUUGACAUUUUAAUAACAAUCGCGAGUCUGUUAGUAUUAUUAUCGUUUUGAUAUAUUAUUAUUGUUAUUAUUUUGUCGUGCCCGUAAUACGCCUACAAUAACCAACAACAAUAUUAUUAUCUCGAGCCACCCGAGGGACCGUCGUUUAAUUACGUCGACCGUGAACGGACAAUUGCUGUUUUGUUUUCGUUUCGUUUUUUUUUUUUUUGCGUUUCGUGUGUACUGUUGCUUCGUGUGACGCAAUAAUAUUGUCAGUAUCCAAAAAGUUUCUCUCCGUUCUUACGUCGGUGUCCGUGUCACACGCUUAGUAAUCUCCGUCCGCACCGAGUAUUCCGUCGUCCCGCCGAUUCAACGUCCUGAACGUACGUCAAUAUGUCGCUGAACACGGCGCACGUACAAGGCGGUGGUUGCCUGAUACACGCAGGCGAAUGGUGAGUCACCGUAGUUACGUAUUAUUAUUAUUAAUUGUUACUACAGUUGUUUUUGUUGAUGCUUCGCCGCUGCUGCGUUGCAAUUGCAGUUGCGAUUUUCCUAUUGUGCGUAAUUUCGGGGUUUCCGGCAGUCGUAUACACGUCGCCCCGAAACUUCCGGCCUCCCGUUUAUUAUAAUUGUUAUUAUUGUUACAAUGCGUUCGGUAUGGUACCCACUCAAAGUCGUUCGAUUUUACUUAAAAUGAAAAACUUUGAUUUUUAUUUUUGGAUAAAUUAAACGGUUCCAUCCGUACGUUGAUGCCAGCACGAUGUGUGUACACAUUUAGAAGGCUCGUCCCGUGUGCUGGACCGUGUCCAAAAACGAUUAGUUGUUCUGCCAACACCUGGUCAAGCCUUUCGAGUCAGUACUUAGCGUUGGUUUUUUUUUUAUUCAUCCGUUUACCUUAUUACUCUUUUCCUUAUCUAAUCAAUCGAGUACAAAAUCAACGUUCUGUAAUCAUGUACUUUGUAUGGAACAAAUUGGAGUUUGUUGUGUUUGGAUACCAGGAAAAAAAAAACCAUAAUUGGUAUGCUUGUUAUUGAUAAUGUUCUAGAAUGUUCUAUAGGCGAAUAUUAGAUACCCAAAAAAAUGUUUGAUUAUCAUAACAAUGAUGCAAUUUUAUGAAACCAUUGAAGUUCUAAUAAUAUGGCCGUUAACAUAUUAACUGAACUUCAAUACAUUUUUAGAUUGUGAGCGAAGCGAGGAAUGUAUUGAUUCUACAAUGAUAGUUAACUAUUAUUUUUUUUUUCAAUUUGAACAACUUUUCCGCCAGAAAUCUUCCUCCGAUUUUCAAGUGUAGUACCUUUUCUGAAAGGGAAUGUUAGUUGUGUGGUACUUUUGGGUUGUCAUUUAUAUAAAAUUUGAAAUUUCAACAGAAACCUUAUAAUUCCCUUUUCGAGUUAUGGUAACAUUUUUAAAACUUUAGCAAUUUUUGAACUAUUUAUAGACAUUUUAAUUUUGAGUUUUUUUUAUGUCGUUUUCAUUCAGUAGGUACUCUGUGGAUAAAACUGUCGGAAACAUUAAAACAACCAGAAGUGUUUGAAAGUAUAACAGGAGGUUCAUUAUAAGUCAUACUGUGUGGUCAAAAGAAAAAUUGUGUGUACAAAAUGUAGAAUAUUUUUUAUAAGAAUUUUAAUAUCAUAUUUUUACAAAUAUCAUAAAUAUUAUAGACUUUGACCAAACUCUGCUUAGAAUUGUUUUUUGUUAGUAAUGAUUAAUCCUCGUAUUCAGAUAUAUAUAUUAAAUUCCCCUAUAUAUUCUACCUUCUCAAUUUCUCGCCUACAACAGUGAUUCACCUAUCGUGCAAAAAAUGUUCAGUCUUUUUAGGGGUCUUUUCAUCAAUCUCAAGUAAUUUAGUUAGGUAUGUUUAAUUAUAAUAGAAAAUUAGAAAGAAAAAUAAAUCUAAGCCAACUUUGCAUCAUACAUACCUACUCAAUAUUUUCACAUUUCUAUCAUAUUCGAAAAACAUUUUUAAUUUGGUUGUAUUUUCAUUCUAAGUGGCCUAGUUUAAUGACAUAACAAUUAUAAUUUUAGAUUAGUUGUUAGUAGUAAGUUAACUGAUGUAUAUAAAGAUUUUAUAAUAUCUUGACAUUGACAAAUAUAAAGAUUUACCUACCUAAUAAGGUAUUUUUAUUUUAUUCCAUAGUUUUAGUUAGUUACCUACUUGUCUUAAAUUAAAACACUAAGUAUUAACUUAAUGAAAUUCUAAAUUUUGUGUACUUCAUUUUUUAGUAUAAUUUUGUUUACUGAUGCUGUAACAAUUGACUUUCAUGGACAAGAUGGCAGAGCAUUUCAUGGUUCAAAAGUGGGAAAACUGUUUUUAACCACUCAUCGUUUAAUUUUUAUCAACAAAUCCGACAAAGAUGAGCUGUUAUCAUUUAGUAUGCCCUUUAUCACCAUCAAAGAUGUAAUAAUUUCAAUUAUUUAAUUCUAUCUUUUUGAGUCUUAAAUACCUAUGUGUUGUCUGUAAAAAAUCAGGUGGAAUUGGAACAACCUGUAUUCGGUUCAAAUUAUAUUAAAGGAAAAGUGCGUGCACAACCCAACGGAAAUUGGGUAGGUGAAGCAAAAUUUAAAUUAAUUUUCAAGAAAGGAGGCGCUAUCGAUUUUGGAACAGCUAUGUUAAGGGCAGCAUCAAUGAGUAUGUUUGUUUUAUAUAAAUGUAUCUGUAUAAACUUAAUAUGAGUACUUUAGUAAAUGUUGUUGAUUAUUUUUGUUUAGCUAACAGUAACUACCCUCAAAUGGACAAUCCUCCACCGUACGCUCCACCUGAAGGUCCAUAUUAUAUGGCCGAUGUUCCAUAUGGAGUACCUCCUCCUGGAUAUUAUGGAUGGAUGCCUUCUACUGCGGCUUUCCCAGAUGCACCACCUUGUAAAAAUUUAUAUACAUUUUUUUUCUCAAACAGUAUAAUUUAUUUAGUUAGAUACCUGUUAGAAUUUAAAUAUUCAUUUGUUCUCAUAAUUUUGUUUUAAACAUAUUUUAUUUUAAAGAAGUAGAGAUAAGUUAGUUUAAGUAGAAAAAUGAAAUAACCUAACUGAUAUUGUGUUUUUUGUUUAGCUCAAUCUGUGUAUAGAACAGAUGUACCUCCUCCGUAUCCAGGAAUUAUUGGUUUUGCAGGUAAUCCUGGUUAUGCAAGUGCUCCACCUGCACAAACAGCUCCACCCCCACAACAAUUUAAUGGACAAGGUAUUAUAAACGAUUUUGAAUAUGGUUUAUUGUAUUUUUGUGAAAUAAUAAGAUACGUUUCCUGAUUUUUAAUUUAUUAAAUUUUAAACUUCAAACUUCAUGGUAAUGUAAAAACAUUGUAUCAAAUUGUUAAUCGUUUUGAGAAGCCAAAACAAUCUUAUCCACAUAAAACUUAAAAAAAAAUAAUAGAAAAUUUGAAAUGAUUUAAUUGCUUGGAAAUAGAAAAUAUUUUACUGCAAUUAAAGUAGGUAAAAGUUUUAUGUGAAAAUUGCGUUUAUGUACAAUUAUUUUAAACUGAAUUAGAAAAAAAAUCUAUAAUAAAUACAAAACAACAUUAUUGGGUAAAUAUAUCUGGUUUGUAACUUCCUAAUCUUUACUGAAUACGUUACUGUUAUAUAGUAUUGAAGUUUUCAUCAAACUGUUGAAUAUGAAAGUUUUAAACUAAUAGAUAAUAUUAAUGUGUCAUUUUAUUUUUUAUUUUCAAACUAGAAUAUAACAUAUACCAUGUGACCCAUUUAAGUGGGUACACUCAUUAUCUGAAAGUAUUAACUUUUUCCGGAAUUUGGUUCUAGAACAUAAAAGAAACAAGCUACACUACAAUUUUAUAUUUAUUGUAUUUUUAUCACGUUUAUUUAAAAUCACUUCUUAAUUUUUAUUUUAAAAUAGUAAACUAUAUAGAAUAACAUAAAUAAAUGGAGUAUUAGUUAAAAUAAAUUUUAGUGUUGAAAUUUUAGAUUUCCAUCAAUUCUUUGACGAGAUAUUUCACUUUUAAAUUUGGGUUGAAGGAGAGUAGUGGAGAAUUAUUUGUAUUUGUGUGGCAUGUUAAUAAUACAAAUUUUCCUUAAAUAUUCACGAAAACAAAUUCUUAAAGAAGUUAAUAUUUUUCGAGAUAAUAGGUGUACCCUUAAAUGGAUCACUUGGUAAACAAUGUGUCCCACCAUGUAUAUUCGACAGAUUUUUAUAAAUCUAUUAAUAUUAGCUAUUUUUCAAUCGGUCUUCGAGGAGGAUAUUGAUUUGGAAAAUAAUUACAUUUUUAUUUUCAUCCCCUAAACACAAAAAACUUUAUUUAUUCACUUUAUAAAAUUUUCAAAUUAGUAAGUGAAUAAUAAUCACAAUUGCUGCACGGUAAUUCCUUAUCGCAACAGUGGUUUAUUGAAUAUUAAUUGUUUUCACACUUAUUUUCUAAAAAUUUAAAUGGCUAUUAUUACUAAGAAAUUAUUUAUCAGACAUUAUUGUAUGAUACAUUAAAAUUUUUAGAUUAAUAUCUUUUAUAAAAUGGUGAUUUUGAAAAUUUUGUAAGUGAAUAAAGUUAUUUUUUUUUAUGUUUAGGGGAUUAACAUAAAAAUUAAAUUUAUUUUCCGAAUUGAUUUCCCCCUUGAAGACAAAUCGAUUGAAAUUUUAAAAUUUAAAAAUAUUUAAUAUUCAUAGAUCCAGAAAAAUCCUUUUAACAUAGUAGGACACAUUGUAUUGAUGAUAAAGUAUCAAUUUCAUUGAUAUCAUAUAUUGAGCACCUACAUCAUACAUGCAAUUUCACCAACAAGAAAAUAUAUUAUAGAUGGCGACUAUCAGUUUAUCAGACUAUCAGCCUUUUUUUUAUAUUCUGAGUUGAGGACUGUAUUGGUUUUACAAUGAUUUUUAUUUUUUAACAUUUUUUUUUAACUGAUCACUUUUUCUACCAGAAAGUUUACUCCAAUUAUUAAGUGUAGCACCUUUCCUGAAAGAUUUCUGGGUGGUACUUUAGAGAGGUUUUUUUUUUGUAAUUCUCAUUAAUAUUUAAGAUAACGAGGAAACAUGGUUCUUUAGGUUCAAAAAAGAUUGAAAGAUUAAAAAUGUUUAUUUUUUAUUAUUUUAAUAUUUUUUAAACAAUCAUUGCUAUCAUGGAAACGCACAUUCUUGUUAUCAUAAUGACAUGUAUAUUGUUCAUAAAGCAACACUAUCAAUUAAACUUCGCUCAGAAUCAUUUUUUCGUUAGCAAUGAUUUGUCAUUGCUUACAUAUAUACAAUUAAUUCCCUUCUGUAUUCUACCUUCCCAACUUCCCACCUACAACUGCACCCAUGUGCAAAGUAUAUCCUUAUUUUUUUUAAUAUAAAUUGCUUGAUUUAUCAAAUACUAUUAAUGUUAAAUCAAUGAUAAAAUAAUAUUGUUAUGGACAGUCAUAUAUUAUACCACUGGUGGGCUCCUGUUAUACGAUAAAAAUUGGGAAGGUAGGAUAUUGAAAGGAAUUUUAUUUUUAUCUGUUUGUAGAAAUUUGUUAUUGCUAAUGAAAAACUACUGAAUGGAGCUCAGUCAAUAGUAUUGCUUUUUAAACAAUGUGCGUUUUCACAACAAUGAUUGUUUAAAAAAGAUUUAAAAAUUUAAAAUAAUAAUAAAAACGGUUGUUAAUGACAACCUUAUUUUUAAUCUUUUUUAACCUAGAGAAUGUAUUUUUCUUUAUUAUCUCAAAUAUUAAUAAGAAUUUCAAAGAAUGAACUUUUUAAAUUACCAACUAGAGCUAAAAUGCAACAAAAAAGGUCUUUUGCAAUGUUUAAAUUGGAGCAAGAUUUCUAGGAAAAUUUGUACAUAAUACAUAUAUACAGGGUGAUCAAUCUGAUCAUAAGACACUCAUUAUGUUGGAAAGCAUUAAAUUUUUCCGAAAUUAAUUUUCCAGAAUAUUAAUGAAACAAGCUGCUCUAAAAUUGUAUAUUCAUGUUAUUUUUAGGGGUAAAAUCAACUACUACCUACUUUUAUUUUUCAAAUGGCAAUCUAUAUUAAAAAUUCUUUAAAUAGAUGGACUAUUAAUUAAAAUAAAUGUUAGUGUUCAAAUGUUUGAUUUCUAUCAGUUUAUUAACCAGAUAUUCCACUUUUAACUUAAGGUUGGAGAAGAGUAGUGGAAGAGUGGAGUAUUAUUUGUGUGAAGGUACAGUGCGCGGCUUGUCAAUAAUGCGGACUACCAAUCUCCCCCAACCCAUACUUAAAAGUGAAAAAACUCGUCAACAGAUUGACGGAAAUCAAAAAUGUCAACACUAAAAAUUUAUUUCAACUAAUAUUUCGUCUAUGUAUUGAAUUUUUAAUAUAAGUUGCCAUUUGAAAAUCAAAAGUAGAAAGUGGUUUUACCCCAAAAAAUAAGGGUGACAAAAAGUAACAUAAAUAUUAAAUUGUAGAGCAACUUGUUUUGAAAUAUUCUUUAAAAAAAUGUCCGUAAAAGUAAAUACUUUCCAAGAUAAUGAGUGUAUCCAUUUAAAUGAAUCACCUAGUAUAAAUUCUGGCAGUUCUAUAAAUUAAAAUGUUGUCAAUAAUUGAUAUUUAUCGGAGACCAAUCAAAAUAGCACACGAGUGCCAUAAAUCUGACUACAUUUCUAAUUUACAAUCUUAAUGCACAAAGAAGAUAAAAAAUGUUACAAGAAAGUUGUUAUAGAAUUUUUGAUUGAAGUAAGAUUUGUUAUCUCAGAAAGAUUACGAGUCUUCCAAUAUAUUGAUCACCAUAUAUGUAUAUAAAAUAAAAUAAACAUUGUAAAACCAAGUUAUAAUCUAAAAUUUUUAAAUUUUAAAGUAACAGAUGCAUAAUAUUUACAGAUGUUAAAGCAGCAGAAGCAGCACAAAGUGCAUACUUUGAUCCAAAUCGACCACAAAUGGCUUAUGUUCCACCACCAUCAUAUUAUGUAAGUUUUGUUUAGUUUUGCUUAAAAAAAGUUUAUGUUUUGUAAAUAUUUAUAACAUAUAAAUCUAUUGCCUAUUUUUUUCUAAACACAUUUUUAAUUUUAGAAUACAAAUUUGUUAAUGAAAUAUUAAAAUGAGUUUAUUGUCAAACAUUAUGUACACACAAAGUCGAAUAAACUAUAAUAUUAUCUCGCAGAUAGAAACUUUCAAAUAUAAUUAUUGUUGAUUAAUAUUAUUUAAUAUAAUUGUCCAAUUUGAAAAAUAUGGCAACCAAAAAUUACUUUAAAAUUUGGGGUAGUCAAUGUAAAUAAACUACAUAAAUUUAUACUUUUGGAGAUGUAAUCCUAGAUUACAGGGUAGUUAAAAGUUAUUAUCUUAAAUUACCUGUUUAUCACAUUAAUCAAUGUGAAGUAAUAAAAAAAAAAAAAAAAUGUUUAUCUAGGUACUUGAUUUAAAACCAUAAAAUUAAUUUUAAAUGUUAUGAUAUUUCUUUAUUAGAUAUUCUGAUUAAAUAUCAAGAAGAAAAAUAAAGAAAUAUGUGGACAUACUUUGUAUGAUGGGUUUGGCUACUGCUGUAGGUGAGAAGUUAGGAAAUUUAAUAAAUAUCUGUACGCAACAAUUAUUCUUUGUUAACAAAAAACUAUUCUGAGCGGAGUUUAAUUAUACAUUUUUUAAAAGGCCAUAAUAUUUACGAUUUGAAAAUAAUACUCAUUUAUCUCAUUUAUUAUGAAGUCCUCUGAGAAAAUUAAAAAAAACUCAAAAUACCACCCCUGUUAAAUUUACUUUCAGGAAUAGUGCUACCCAUGAAAUUUAGAGCAACAUUUUUGCUAGAAAAGUUUUUCAUAGAAAAAAAAAAAUAAAUAUCAUUGUAGAACCAAUAAAUUCCUUGCUCUGCUAAGAAUCUAAAAAAAGUAAUUUAAUAUUUAAAUUUUUUUUUCAUAUUGUAUUGUAAAUAUAUUAUAAAUUUAAUAUAAAAUUGAGUUUUUGAUAAACAUUAUUGGUAACCGUGAUUUAUUUACAAAUUAUUUAAAAAUAAAUUGUGAAAACAAGAAGAGAUUGUGACAUUACAAUUGUUCGCGAUCUAUUAGUUAAUUGUUAUCAACCCAUAAGCCAUCACUGAUAUUAAAUAAUUUAGUUAUUUAUAUUUAUUAUUUUUAAAACAUUUUUAUUAUCUUGAAAUAAGAUAAAUACAUAAUUUAUCUAAUUCCUUCGUUUCAAACUAUUUUUAAAAUCUAGGUGUUUUAAUGUUUUUAGAAGUUGCAUUUAUUUAAUUAUUACGAAAACCAUAUUAAUUAAAUUUGUGGUUUUGGUUUAAUGCAUGUGAUAAGUAACAUUUUUUAAAACUAAACUUGUUUAAAUAGCUUUGUAUUAUGAAAUGUUUUUCUGCUAUUUUAGAAAAUAACAGUUUCUUAAAUUAUACAUAAAAAAAAAACAGUUUGUAAUUUUCUUCGAACUUUAAACAUUAAUUAUUGUUCUCCAAUUUAAAAUGUACUGGUCUUAAACUUCAAAAAGUUAUAAUAAAAAAAAUAAAUAAUAUUUUUCAUAUUAAAUAUUGAAAAACCGUGAAAUAUGAAUGGAUGAAUAUAUUUAUAUUUAUUUUUUUAAGAAAUAAUUAACAAUAUUUACAUAAAAUAUACUGGGAGUAAGAAUGUAUAGUUGAAUAGAAUUUUCAGACAAAUGUUUGUCUGAAAAUUUUUUUAUGUUAAUGUACUAUUAUGAAAUAGUAUAUUAUAUAAUUUUUUAAUAUAAUUUUACUUUAGGCUAUAAAAUUAAUAUUAAUCAAUUUCAAUAAUCUCAAUGUUAAAUAAAUGUAUUCAAACCUAUUAGAAACCAAUUGUUAUAAAUGUUAAACUAAUAUUGUAAUAAUGAUAUUAUAUACUAAUUUACAAAUUAUUAAUUUAACAUUUAGCUUGUAUAUCUAAUAAAUUUAACUAUACUAAAUGUGAAUUUUUGUUUUUUCAUGUUCAGGAACUUCCCCCGCCUUAUAAAGAAGCGGAAAAUAAGAAGAAUGAUUAAAACUACAACAAAACACGUCUGGUGUUCACAUUCCACUGAUUGAUUUGUAUAAUUGUAUUGUUUUUCGUAAGUGCUCUUGAAUCUUGCAAAUAUUUAAAGUAAAAAAAAAAAUAAAAAAAAAAAAUGUGAUUUUGUGUAUUGCAUGAUUUCAAUGAUAUAUAUAUCUUACAAUUAUUAGUCAAUAUGGAGAUAAUUACCAUCAUGUUUAAAAUACUGUAAAUGAGAAAUCGCUCAUAAAUUUAUUGUUUUUUUUUUGUUGUGUCUAACAUAUUAUAGUAGAUAAACUAAGAGCACAGAAAUGUAUGCCUAAAAUACUUCCUUAUGUGUUUCUUACCUUUAGUCAACGUGUAAUGUUUUUAUUUUAUUUUGUAUAUUUCAUCUCUCGAGUCAACUGAGUAACUUUCAUUUUGUUAUUUACACACUGUGUUUUGUUAUCAUUACUAUUUGAGAGAAAACCAUAAGUACAUUAAUAAUUAUUGCUCUUGUAAAUAUUUUUCAUUAUAAUUAAAUAAUAUCAUAAUAUUCUUAAACCUUGUUGAAUAUUAUAAUACAAUUUGGUUUUAUUAUAUAAGAUAUAUUAUAUAUUUUUUCACAAUCACGCAAAAUAGAUUAAUUGUUGUAGGUUUUUGAUUUAUGGGCGGUUUCUAUUUUAAUCUACAUGGUUAUUACAAUAAUAAAAUAUAUACUAUUUUUAUACACUUAUUCUGUUUCAUUUCAUUUACUCUUACAAAACAAGAACCUUAUAUUCUUCGUAAUAAAAGUUAAUUGAAUAAUUAUUAUUUAUUUAAUAAAUUCUAUUAAAUAUUGUGAAUUAUUUUAUGUGAUUUUGGCCUGUAAGGAAUUAUAUUAAUAUUAUUAUUAUUAUUGUAUUUAUAAUAAUCAAUUAUUAUUAUUGAUCAUUUGGCUUGGUUAGAUAGAUUACACAUAAAAAUCCUACACGUGUGUAGUAAUAUUUAUCUUGUAGUUAUUAUUAUUAUAUUUUACUAUAUGAAAGUUAUAAUAUGUUUUUUUAUUUAUAUAUGUAUAAUAAUUAUGAAAUAUUGUGUAAACACAUACUCCAUUGUGUGAAAUAUUUAUCAUAAAUAAUAUAUUAUAAUUUUUUUGAGAGAAAAUCAUAUGUCAAACCUACAUAGUUUGUGCUAAGUAGACAACUUAUAUUGAAAUGUUAUUCAAUAAUUAUUAUUGUCACUAGAUGAAUACCUGUGUCCAAUAUUAUUGUGGUAUACACCCGAGAUAAGCAAUGGACAAGAUGAUCUAGUUAGUGAGGAUAAUAAGGUACAUAAUUGAAUGGUAGAUGUUUAUUGUUUAGCAGUAAAUUUAUCGAUCUAUAGAUUAUUUAUUAUUAUAAUAUAUUUAAAUAAAAAACAGCCAAAUUAUAUAGGCUUUUUAUAUAUAUAUACAACUUUAAAAAAAAAAAAUGAACUGCUCAUUUUGUGUGUUGCCUUUUGUUACAGUUGGUAUUAGUUAAUACAUUUAGUUGUACAUUAUCUAUAGAAAUUGGUUUUAAGUUAUAAAAAAAAUAACAAAAAAAUAAUUAUGUAAAUUAAAAUUAAGGUUAAUAAAUUGAUGCUAGUACAGUAAUAACGAUUAUUAUAUUUAAAAAUUUAAGUGGAAAUUUAUUAUAAUAUAAUAUAUUUAAUAUAUAAUUAUAAUAUAAUAAAUAUUAUGUAAUGUGUC